AUGUCGAAGAUUAACGCGACCAUGACCGAAGCCCACGGAGACGCCCAGCAAGAUCUGGAGCUACACCGUGUACAAUCUACAAUGUCCGAACAGGUCACAAACACGAUGGGCACUACACGAAGGAGACUUGUAAUGCUUUCGCUCUGUCUCGCUCAAUUUCUCGCUGCCAUCGACAUCACAAUUGUCGCGACCGCACUUCCAACUAUCGCGAGCAGUUUGCACGCCACUUCUGCACAGUACACCUGGGUCGGAUCAGCUUACAAUCUUGCAAGCACGGCAUCAACACCGCUCUGGGCAAAAUUAUCUGAUGUGAUUGGAAGGAAGUCAGCUCUCUUAGCUGCCAACGUCCUGUUUCUUGCAGGUAGUUUACUGGCUGCGCUGGCAAACACAAUUCUGGUAUUGAUUGGAGGUCGCUGUUUGCAGGGUAUCGGUGGUGGAGGUCUCAUGAUCAUGAACACAAUCAUCAUCAGUGAUCUCUUUCCAAUCGAAGAACGUGCAAAGUACUAUGGCUUGUCUGCUAUCGUAUGGGCUAUCGCGAGUGCUCUGGGUCCAAUGCUUGGAGGUGUCUUUACUUCGACGAUUGGUUGGAGAUGGUGCUUCUGGAUCAACAUUCCAUUGGAUGUCAUCUCUCUUGUUCUGGCGGUAAUCUGCCUCAAGCUCAACAUCAAGAGAGCUCCGGCCAAGGAGACCCUCGCCUCUCUUGACUAUUUUGGCUGUUUCACGAUUGCGGCCGGCGCUAUUCUGUUCCUUCUCGGCCUUGAAAGCGGAGCCAGUCAUCAACAUUCUUGGACUUCGGCAUACACACUUGGCAUGAUCAUUGGCGGAAUCGCUCUUCUUGCUAUCUUUAUGAUCUGGGAGUGGAGAUUUGCAAAGGUGCCUCUGAUUCCGAUUCAGGUGUUCUCUUCGAGGACAGCCAGAGCUGCACUCACCGUCGCUUGCUGCCACAGUUUCGUCUUCAUCGCGUUCGACUUCUACCUUGCUCUGUACUUCCAGGCAGUGCUUGGACGCUCACCUAUCAUCUCGGGAGUGCUACUUUUUGCUUUGAUUCUACCCUUGUCCUUCUGUACUUUCUUCACAGGACAGAUUAUUCGCAAGACAGGAAAAGUAAAACCGGCUAUGUGGUUCGGAUCUUUCUUCAUGACUCUCGGCACUGGAUUGUUCAUCAGCUUUGGCUCCAAGAUGGAGCUCUGGAAGAUUAUCCUGUUCCAGAUCGUUGCGGGUAUCGGUGUUGGGCCUCUUUUCCAAGCCCCAAUGAUUGCACUCCAAAGUGUGGUCAAGCAAAGGGAUGUCGCGGCUGCUAACUCUGCUUUCACCUUCCUUCGCAGUCUGAUCACAUCUUUGUCGAUUGUGAUUGGAGGUGUAGUUUUGCAGAGGGGUCUUGGAUCUGGCUCGUUAACAGGAAGCGGACAUGUAUCCGCGGGAGGUGGUGAGGAGUCUCAGAGAUAUGCCAAUGCUCUGAGCAAUAUGUGGAUCUUCUACACAGCGUUCUGUGGAGUCAUGCUCAUGGCGACGUUCUGGAUUGGCAAAGUCGAUCUCAACGCAAAGUCAAAGAAGGAGGAGGAGAAGGACGAUGCAGUGGUUGAGGAGACUGUUGUGGUAGAGAAGGGUGCCGACACCGGUGGUAUAGUCACUGAGCCAGUGGGGAAGAAGACUGAGAUCUGA